AUGGAAACAAAGCCAGAUCAGUUGCAUGAAGCUAGCAUGCAUGUGCAGGGAGCUACGCAUGAAUUCGCGUGGGGAGGCUCUUACGCGGUCGCCGGUCGGCCAGCUCUUUCUCUUUCCGGCGGCGGAGGGCGGGGGAUUUCUUCACCUGGUUCUCGGAGACCGCCUGCGCUUCCGACCGCGGGCGAUUCGCUUCGCCGUCUCGUCGGCGAUGGCAGCCGCAGGCCUGAUGGUGGAAUUUAUGUAAUGCUAUAUUCUGAUAAUUGGAUUGGAAAAUUUAUGAGGGAGUUCAGUAAGGAAAUUGUUCCAAAGUACAGGAUGUUGAAGUCCUAUGACAUCUUAUACAGUAUGCAGAAUGUGGUUCCUCCUGAAUCAUUCGAGAAGAGAAAGAAAAGGUGUUUCUGCAAGAAGAAUGUUGACCCCGAUCUAAAGAGCGAUGUGAUUCUGGCUCUAGCAGCGGUGGCAGCGGAGGAGGGUGCGAAUUCAACACAAGGAACUGUAGCGGGAGACAAGAAUCACUGAAGUGGAGGCAGUCAUUUUGAUUAUGAACUCAUUCGUCCUUUUUGAUCAGUCAUCCAAGAGGAAUAAACUUCAACAUAAACAGGAAAAUGUACUCUGGAUGCUUGUUACUGAACCUUAGACUAUCUAGGAAGGAUGAUACCAUAUCCACUGUUCUCUGGAUCUGUUAAGUUUAGUUCUGUAGCAUCACUCUGUUUUUCAUAAUGCUACUUCCCUUUUGGUCUUCUACCAGUAGGGUCAUUCUUGUUAUAUCCAAACUGUGCCAAUUGUUGAAGUUUAUUCUGACCAAUAUGGAUGGAACAUGAAGGGUUUUCAAAC